AUGUUCAUAUCUAUCUAUCUAUCUAUCUAUCUCAGGCUGUUCAUAUCUAUCUAUCAAUUUAACUAUUACUGUAUAUUCAUAUCUAUCGAUCUAUCCAUCUCACUCCUUUCAUAUCUAUCUAUCUAUCGAUCUAUCUAUCUAUCUCUGUUCACAUCUAUCGAUCUAUCCAUCUAUUACUGCCUGUUCAGAUCUAUCUAUCUAUAUAUCUAUCUAUCUAUCUAUCUCAGCGUGUUCUUAUCUAUCUAUCAAUCUAUUAUCUAUUACUGUAUGUUCAUCUCUAUCGAUCUAUCCAUCUCUGACCGUUCAUAUCUAUCUAUCUAUCUAUCUAUCUAUCUAUCUAUCUCAGUCUGUUCAUAUUUAUAUAUCUUUCUCAGUGUGUUCAUAUCUAUCAAUUUAACUGUUACUGUAUGUUCAUAUCUAUCGAUCUAUCCAUCUCACUCCAUUCAUAUCUAUCUAUUACUGUAUGUUCAUAUCUAUCUAUCUAUCUAUCUAUCUAUCUAUCUAUCUAUCGCAGUCUAUUCAUAUCUAUCUAUCUUUCACAACUGCAAGUUAACUUCUUCGUCUGAGGCGCAAACCCAACUCCAACUGCAACUUCUCUGCCUGUCCGGCCUGCAACUGUCUCGCCGUCCGCCCUGCAACUCUUCUGCCUGUCCGGCCUGCCACUCUUCUGUCUGUCCGGCCUACCACUCUUCUGAGCGAAGGUCUUUCUCAGUGGGUGGAUGCGUACAGAGAAGAAGGGACGGAGAGACAUUUGUCUUUAUUCCUUGUCUCUCUCUUUCUCUCUCUCUCUCUCUCUCUCUCUCUGUGAGAGAACCUCAAGCAGUGAGGUCGCCUUUCUUCUGCUCUUACCGCUCAUUCCAGUAUAUCAACGACUCAACGGAAAUUGUCUGUAGGUGA